AUGACUGGACCGGUUAGAGAGACUGGAACGAGUGGAGCGUUUGCAGCCGGAGUGAUCGGAGGGAGAGCCGCAGAAACCAAUGGCUCGAAGCGCCCGCGGCUCGGCCGUGGCGCCUUUGCCGGACUCAACGGGAGCCGACAGGACAGUGACACCCAAGCCCAGGUGCCGAAGCCCCGAACAGCAUUUGUCAGGCCCAAGCCUGCGAACACGACUCGCGCGAGCGCGGCAGCGGACUUGGCAACGGACUCGGCAAGGGACUUCACCCUGUGGCUGCAGGGCGGCGGGCCCCACUUUUGCCCGGGAGGCAAUCCGCACAAUCCGGGCGCCGCGCUGUUCCAGGCCACGCCCUACGCCAUGUUCCUGGCGGUGCUUCGCCUCAAGGGCUUGGGCUUGGUGGCGGCGCUGCACGGCUUCGUGCUGGGCGGGGGCCUGGCCAUGGCGAUGUUGGCAGAGCUCCGGGCCAUUGACCGGAGCGCCUCCGUGUGUUUGGGGAACCUGUCCCGUGGUAUGGUGCCUUGCAUGCUGCUGUCGCUGCUGCUGCCAGGCAUCGGGCUGCUGCAGGCCAUGGACCUCUACCUCACAGAUGACGUGCUGCCCGCGGCUGCGUGGCAGGAGCUGUCCCUGGACUUCGUGGCAGACGGGCCGCACCAGGCCAAGGCCAUGGCCCUCCAACUCGCGCGCCGACGCGCAUGCGGCCAAGGCCAAGGACUCGGGCGCCUCGGGUCGGACUGCGAGCGCUUCAGCCGCGAGGCCGCGGCUCUGCAGCUGAGCCUCCGCUGUGAGCGGCCCUUCGCGCCGUCGCCGGCGUCGGCGGCACCGGCGCUGGCGGCCUCCACGCAAGCGGCCCCGGCUUUGGCUUUGGAGAGCCCGGCGAGUCACCUCGUGUUCAAAGCCGCCAGCCGUUGA